UAAAUGUGACAGGCAGUUAUUCAGCUAUUCAUUUUAAAUUCUCUCCUGCAACCAUUUCCUUUCCUCUAUCUAGUUUUAGCCUUCCCUUCACAUAACUAAGUUUUCCUUUCAACCUUGCUACCUUUCCUUUUUCUUGUGGCCUAUUAGCACCCAAAAGUUGUCAUAAUAUUAGUUCUUUUACUUCAAAGUAUUUUAGUAUCUUUGUCUAUACCACUGUUUUUAUUUUAUUUCAGUCUCUUAUUGUGUCUUUUCUUCUAUCAGCCUCUGUGCAAACAGGUUCUGUUGGACCAUUUUCUGUGAGUACUUUGAUACUUUUAACUAUGGUUAUCAUAGCAGCCACUUCCAAUAACAACAUGCAUCAGUUAUCUCAGAAUAACAACUACCAUCUUCGUGAUGCUUCCUUCUCUUCUUACUUGAACAGCAAAGAAGAGAUCCUGGCUGAAUCAGGCCAUGGCUUUGUCAGCAACAGAAAGGAUCCUCUUCACCAGGGAGUAAAGAAGGAAGAUGAUGGAGAAAUUGGGGUGUUUGAGGCUGAGAAGUACUUCAAUGGAGAAGAGAUGGAAAGUCCUCCAAGUGCUCCAAACAAUGAUGCAAAGAAGCACCAGCAACUACACCAGAAAGAUGAACAAACAACUUUGGUAGCUAGGAAGUACAAGGUUCAGUAUGGAACUCCAAGUGUAAGGUCUGAAUCAAGUUUGAACAGCCAAAGUGCACUGUUGCAAAGUGCUGUGAAGAAUUCCUCAAGGAACAUGAAAAACAAAUUGCAGAAAAAGAGUUUCCUGGCUAGUCUUGGUUGCAAAUGCUAUUGUUCUGACAAAAAUUCUGUUGAUAUUAGUGACCAUGCAGGUGAAAUCAGUUUUAACAAAAGUGCUCCUCAUGGAAAAACAACUUCAAGAAAUAUUUUCAAUGCUGAUCCGGAUGCUAAUCAUUCAGUCAAAAUGGCUAAGCCUCAUGCAGAACUCUUGAUCAACAAAGAUGUCUACUUCCAAAGGCCAGAGAAGUUAGGAGUUGGAUUAAGCAGAGAAAACAGUUUAACACUCUCAGCUGUGAAUUCUAACUCAGGAAAUCAACUGCUCAAAAUGCAACUUCAACAAGUAGAGAAGCCAAGGAAGUCAUUGGAAGUGUUUGGCUCUCCAAUAUUGGAGAGCAGGAGCAAGUCCAUGAGCUUUGAUAAAAGGUUGGCAAAGACCUCUUGGGAUCCUGCUCCUAAAAUUGAAGAACCUGAUUUCUCAGCAACUUCUGGUGGAAACUACAAUGAUGCUGAGAGUGAUGCUAGUUCAGACUUGUUUGAGAUUGAAAGCCUCACAGGCAAAUCUAACUCCUUCCUUGGUAGAUCAACAUCCAAUGUAAUCUCUAGCUGUGCCAGCCCCACAACUUGUUAUGCACCAAGUGAGGCAAGCAUAGAAUGGAGUGUGGUCACUGCCAGUGCCUUAGAGUACUCAGCCAUGUCAGAUUAUGAUGAUCAAAGGUCAAUAGCAACCACAAGGAGUCCAAUUAGGACAUCCUUAGUUUCCUCAAAUGCUAAACCAAAGGCUAUCAAAGAGAUGCAGAGGCGGCGUCCAAGCAUGCUGUUGGGUUGCAAGAGCCAUAAAGCUGUAGGAGUUGCUAUGGAUGCCUUCACAGCAUAUGAGAAACCAAGUUCUAACACGCAUACUCGUCGCAGAUCAGAUACCUUCCCUCAGGUGAGAGAGUUUAAGUCAGAGACAAAGGAGGAUAGUUUUGGUGCAAGACAUAAGCACCAUGCUUAUGCCACAGCCCCACUUCAGCGCUCACUCUCACCACAUCCUUCACAACUGUUGUACAUUUAGAUGCUGCUUGAAUACGUGUGUUUGUAUUUGGAUUGUGCUCAAUGAGUAAACCCUCACCUAAUCGACCUGCAUCAUCAUUUUUAGUCUUUAUUAAAAGUUUACUCAAGUCGUUAACUUUGAAAAAUGUCAUUCACUUUAGUCCUUAACAUUAGUGAAAAAAAUUGAUAAACAAUGUGAAUGACAUUUAAUAAAGUUAAGGACUAAAGUGAAUUUAAUAAAGGUAAAGACUAAAAUGACUGACAUGUACAAUACAAGACACUAAAGUGAAGGUUUACUCUUUGUUCAAUUAUGUAUCUUGAGUUUCAAUUUGUGUGAUAGAGUUUUCAUUUUAUCAGCUCAUGUGUUAUCCAACAAUAAUGGUAGCAGAAGUAAAUGCUUUUAGUCCAAAGUCCCCAUCUCAAAUGGGAAAUGAGCGUCUUGUGUCUCCCUCUUGCUGAUCUUAAUGUAUUCUUCCACUUGAUUUGUUAUGUACACUUUGAUUCAGUUUUUGCAGUUUCUGGUAGAAAAAUAUUAAUGAGAAUGGAUGCCUUGUAUUCA